AGCGGGGACGCAGUUAUGGACCUGGAGGAGGCGAAAGAGUUUAAAGAAAGAUGCACUCAGUGUGCUGCUGUCUCUUGGGGUCUUACUGAUGAAGGCAAAUAUUAUUGUACUUCUUGCCACAACGUUACAGAAAGAUCUAAGGAAGUCAUAAACACUGGGGCUAUCCCUAACACUAAAAUACAAGCCAUCAGCCGGGGACUUAAAAGAAAAAGAAAACUUGAGAAAGGCUGGGAUUGGUAUGUGUGUGAAGGUUUUCAGCAGAUACUUUAUCAACAAGCAGAAGCCUUAAAGACCCUUGGAGUAGGCCCAGAAUUAAAGGAUGAAGUUUUACAUAAUUUUUGGAAGCGUUACCUUCAGAAGAGCAAGCAGGCAUAUUGUAAAAACCCAGUUUAUACCAGUGGAAGAAAAGCUACGGUAUUAGAAGAUAACCCAAGUCAUUCAGACUGGGAUAGCGAGCCUGACCUGCUGAGUGACUUUAGCUGCCGUUCUUUUGUUGAAAGUGGAACAGACUCUCAGCCUGAUGGCCGCCUUCAGAAGCCUUUCCCCAUCAGCAGAGCAUCACAAUCAGAAACAGCAUCCAUCUGUUCUGGAUCUCUCGAUGGAGUUGAAUAUUCACUGCGAAAGGAGAAGGGAAUUGUGAAGAUGACAGUGCCAAGGACACUUGCUUUCUGCUAUCUGUCAUUACUAUGGCAGAGAGAAACAAUUACUCUUUCAGAUCUUUUGAGAUUCGUUGAAGAGGGCCAUAUUCCUUACAUAAAUGCUUUUCAGCAUUUUCCAGAAGAGAUGAAAUUAUAUGGGCGUGACAAAGGAAUCUUUGCUAUAGAGUCUUGGCCUGCCUAUGAGGAUAUCUAUAAAAAAAUGAUUGAAAUUGCUAAAUUCUUAGAUUUGCCACGUUUUCCAGACAUAACUGAAGACUGCUAUCUUCAUCCAAACAUCUUGUGUAUGAAAUACUUGAUGGAAGUCAAUCUCCCUGAUGAAAUGAAUGAUUUAACCUGCCAAGUGGUAAAAAUGACUGGAAUAGGAGAAGUGGAUUUUCUGACAUUUGAUCCCAUAGCUAAAAUGGCAAAAACAGUUAAAUAUGAUGUACAGGCUGUCGCUGUCAUUGUAGUAGUAUUGAAACUGCUCUUUUUAUUGGAUGACAAUUUAGAAUGGACUUUGUCUAAUAUUGCUGAGAAAUAUAAUGAAAAGAACAAAGAAGAUAAGCCCUGGUUUGAUUUCAGAAAAUGGUACCAAGUGAUGAAGAGAUCUGUUGAUGAGAAAAAACAAAAGUGGGAGGAAGCCAGGGCAAAGUAUCUGUGGAAAAGCGAAAAGCCACUCUACCACUCAUCCAUUGACAGAGCAGUGGUAUAUAAAAGAAGAGAAAUGGUGGUGAGUCUACAAAAACAGUUUAGCACACUGAUUGAUUCAGCACCAACUGUUGAAAAGAAAAGUCCUUCAAGUUUUCAGUUCAACUGGACUGAAGGAGACUCUGCUAGAACCUGUUUCCAUGGACAUGGCCUCCAGGGGAUCCUGAAGAAGAAAGGCCAGUCAAUGACAACCAAGAAUUCACUAUAUUGGCUUAGUACACAGAAAUUCUGUAGAAGCUAUUGUAAACAUGUGACAACCUAUGAAGAAUCAAAUUUUUCGCUGAGUUAUCAGUUCAUAAUAAAUCUCUUCUCCUUCCUGCUGAGAAUAAAGACCUCUUCCCUCCAUGAAGAAGUGAGCUUAAUUGAAAAGAGACUUUUUAAAACAAAAUAUAGUAAAACGAAAAAGAAGUCAAGAUCCAGGAAAGGGAGGAAAUACUGAGAAAAAUGAAAUAGAAACUUUCUUGGGAAAAUAUUUUAAUUGUGAUAAAAAUGUCAAAUUAUAAUAUUCCAGAGAAUUAUGGGAAAUAGAAUUUUAUUAUAUAUCCACACAUACAUAGAUACAUAUAUAUGUAUCAAAUGUGCUUAUAAAAAUGUGUAUUGGAAAAUAAGUGAAUUGUGUUUGAAUUUAUUUUUUAAAUUAUGAAUAUUCUUUGAGAACAUUAAACAAUAAGUUUUAU